UAAAAUGCGCAUGCGUGCAUGCUAGUUAUUUCGUUUCUGCUGUCAAUACGGAAGGUGGGGUGAAAUUAGAAUUGUUAAAAAUACAACAAAUUUCAUACAAGGUGAUUUAAUGGAAGUGGAAUUGUGUCAGAUGAGCUGUGGCAUCUUAUUCAUACAGGAUUAAGCAACAAGCUUGAGAAAUCAACACUUGUAAAGGUCGUUGUAGAGGUAUAAGAUUUUAAAUCUAGCAGAAGACAGUUUUUUGUGCCGAAAAAACCAGCGCCGGUUGGCUUUUAUCGACGCACGAUUUGUAAGGUGGCAAGGGAACCCUGUCUACUCAUCUCGUACCCCAGGAGGCGACAUUAGUGAAAAGGAAGUGAAUUGUAUUAAGUUUUUGGUGCAAAAAAUUCAGCAACACGAUGUCUUCAGCAGAAGCUACUGAAUUGGGCCCCGACAGUGGCGAUCAAGCGGCUGUCGAAGAUCAGAAAGAGGCGAAGGAGUCGACGUCGACCACGCAGACCUUGCAGGGGGUGGACACGGCGGCGAAGAGGAUUCAGAAAGAGCUCGAGGAAAUCACACUGGACCCACCUCCAAACUGCAGUGCCGCACUGAGGGGGGACAACUUGUAUGAGUGGAGCGCCAAGAUUAAGGCUCCGCCGGGAUCGCUCUAUGAAGGCGGCGUGUAUAACAUGCACAUAAACUUCCCGCCAGAGUACCCGUUCAGACCGCCGGAAGUCACGUUCACGACAAGGAUCUACCAUUGCAAUAUAAACCUGCAGGGCUCGGUUUGUGUGGAUAUGUUGAAGCAUAAAAAUUGGUCGCCCGCCUUCACCAUUUCCAAAGUUCUGUUAGCCAUAUACUCUUUGUUAGCCGAUUGCAAACCAGAUGAUGCGAUAAUGGGAAGUAUAGCCCAGAGUUAUCUUCAGACCCGCGAAGAGCACGAUCGCAUCGCCCGACUUUGGACCCAACGUUAUGCUACGUAAUUGAAUUACGUGUUAGCAAUUCCAUCGAUGUUGCUUCCCUUCAUCAUAAUGGCAAAAUAUGGUAUUUUCAGUUGACAUGAUUUAUUUCAUGUUAUUUUGUCUUCACUGUGCAUGUAUUAUGUGAAUUAAAUCAUCCACUACAUGUUUAGUUACAUAAAAAUUAGGAUACGAAAUUACCCUCUAAAAAAUAUACUCUUUUGGUAGUACAUAAUAUUGUAGUUAUAAAUGUCAGUGAAUUUUUUUUUAUGUUGUGGUAAUACAUUUGUCCUGGGUGGCCAAACAGAAUGUUGUAUUAUGAUUACUUUUUACGUAAACUUGUAUUUUAGGCACUAGGUGUUAAGUUCCUCUUGAUUAUUUGCUAUUAGAGUGUAGGAUAAUAAAUGUUCUUUCUCUUUCGCUAGGUUAAAAUUAUUGGAAAGUAUUAACCGUUACGGUAAGAUCGUGGUCUCUAUAUGAUGUUAGUUGUAUGUGGAUUAAUAUAAUUUCAAUUGGAA